CUUGUCAGAGCCUGCAGAGGGAAUAGACGUGCUAUUUUCCGAGAACUCAUGCUGCUCCCUCACCUCUGACUCCUGCUCCUACUUUCACUGGCCCUAAAAGUCUAAUGUGACCGCGGUCCAUCCAGGUCAACGGCCUCAACAUGCAGGCGGCGACCCACCACGAGGCGGUCAGCGCCCUCAGGAAUGCUGGGAGCUGCAUCAAGAUGAAAGUGCUCAGAGAGAGGCUGCUACCCCGCGAGGUGUGUGACCCGGACCGGUCUCAGGAUCCUGCGGACGUGACGGGACGACAGCUGUGCAGCCAGGACGGCGGAGGCCAGAGAGGCAAACGGCCGGCGGCGGAGAGCGCAGAGGACCGCUCGUCCAGGAAGACUGAGGCGGUCGUCUGCAACGGCAACGGCAUUUCUGAUUUGGAAAGUGACCUGAAAAGGACCUUAUCUGAACUGGAGGCAGAGGCCUCUGUGAAAAAUGAUUCACUUCAAGGCGGGAAACAUACAAUGACAAUCCCGCGGAUCAUCCUCACUCAUCCCUCUACCUCGGAUGAAGAUGUGGAGCUCUUGACGCAGAGCCCCAACACAGAGCCGCCACAUGACUUUGACAUUCCUGACAGACGUGGACACUCUGCCUGCUUUGACAGCGCUUUCUACCCACCUUGACCACAUGUGGAGGCGCACACAUGAAGGACACAGACUGUUAUUACCCAGAUCUUCAUGUGUUUUGGUACCAAAGCAUUUUCUGAUGUUACAGUGGAGGAUUAGUUUAAAGCAAAUAGUUGGAAUGUGUUUUUUUUACUAUCACUGCAAAGCUUUUUGUCUCUCACAUUCAAUUGCUGCUAAUAGUAUUUCGUGAUAUUAAAAUCAUUUACAAGAAUGGAAAAAAUUAAGACUUUAUUUUCAUUACUAAACCACACUUUUUCCUGCACAACUGAUCAGAGACUGUAAAGCAUGCUCUCUGAUGCCCAAAUAAAAUACAUGUCAGAAUGUUAAAUACAGUCAAUUAAACAAUGAAUGGCGCUGGCUACCUCUACUUCACACCACUGUGCUGUAGGUUAUGGAUGUGCUGGAACAUAGUGUCUCCACCUGUGAUAAUGUGAAGCUCUCAAACUUAUUAUAGUCCGUACCGAGAUAACAUGCCACAUGGCUGAACAGAGAUCACAGCAGGCUGUCUGAGUCCUGCAGGGUCCUGAGACAGACAUUCUGCUUCAAAUGUUCACACACCUGCUAAAUUCAGACUUGUGACAUUAUAGACUCUGCAUCAUGAGUAGAAAAGGAGACCAGACAUCAGUCUGAAAGAAUUUAGACUCUUGCUUCCAAAGCAAGAAGCAAGAAGAAUUUGCAAACUAUCAAUGUCAACGUCUGGCUUGUAUUGUUUUAUGGCUUUUACAUUCCCGCAGC